AUGCAGGUCAAAAAUCUUAUCCCUCUGGCUUUGGCCAGCGCUGUGCUCGCCCAGAGCCAACAAAGCUUGACGGCUGCUCUAGCCUCUCAGAAUUCUAGCUUGUCGUCUCUCACAGCACUCCUGGGCACCCAGCCGGCUCUGGUCCAAGCCCUUUCUCAAGCACAGAACAUCACCAUCCUGGCACCUAGCAAUGCCGCUCUCGAGGCAUUCCUAGCAAGCCCCGGUGCCCAAGGUGCUGCGACUAACCCCGGCCUCGUCGCCGCGAUUCUUCAGUACCACGUCCUGAACGGCACCUACUACGCCUCCCAGUUCACCGAAGAGCCGCAGUUCAUCCCCACCCUGCUGUCCAACGAGACUUAUGCCAACAUCACCGGCGGUCAGCGCGUUCAGGCCCAGACUGUUGGCGGUAACGUCACUUUCUACUCUGCCUUGAGGGAAAACUCGACCGUCACGGCCGGCAAUGUUAACUUCACCGCUGGUACCAUCCACAUCAUCGACAAGGUCCUGAGCGUUCCCCAGCCGAUUCCUGACACCCUUCGCGCUGCCAACCUCACUGCUGCUUUGGGUGCUGUCCAGGCCGCAAACGUCGGCCCCGCUCUUGCCGCCGCAAAGGAUCUGACAAUCUUCAUCCCCAACAACGAGGCCUUCCGCUCCAUCGGCAACCUCACCGCCAACCUGACCGCCGCGCUGCCCAGCAUUCUUCAGUACCACGUCGUCGCCGGCGCCGUCUUGUACAGCCCCGAUAUCACGAACACUUCAUUGACCACACUCAAUGGAGGAAACGUCACCAUCCGUGUCAUCAAUGAGACCGUCUACGUCAACGAGGCCGAGGUUCUCAUUCCCAAUGUCCUUGUAGCCAACGGUGUCGUCCACGUCAUCGACAACGUCUUGAACCCCAAUAACACGUCCCUGGAGCCUGAUACCACGGCUUCCACCCGCGCGCCCGCAUACACUGGCGCUGGUACUGCUACCGAUGGCAGCAACCCCUUCACCAGCGGCAUCACCGGUCCCACUUCAACUGCUCCGCUUGCCACUGAGACUGGUGCCAACAACGGUGGUGGUGUCCGAACCACCUCCUCCAGCACUCAGGCCGGCCCCAUGCGCACUGCUGCUGUUGGCGCUGCUGCCCUCUUUGGUGGUAUGGCUGCUUACAUGAACAUCUAA